AUGGAAGGCCAUCUACUAUGUUUUGAGAAAAAACUAUCACCGACGGACACCUCAAAAAAUCUCCAGAUUCCUCGGAAUUCUGUACAUUUACCACGUGCAAAUGAAGAAAUCACAGUGACGAAUCAGGAUGGAGAGAUCUGGCAGUUCAUUUGUUCAACAAGGGCAGAUGGCAGACGACACAUAACUCACGAAUGGAGGGAGUUUGCCAAGGCGAAGAGACUUUUGCCAGGUGACAUAUUCCGAUUGUAUCAGUCCACGACGAACGAAAAUCUGUAUUUCAUGCAGAUUGAAUGCCGUAGCAUUCAAUUGUUUGGGGUCACCAUACAAAUUUAA